AUGGCGCAGCAGACUCAGCCUUACCCCAUACCCUGGGGCCUGCACUACCAGCACAGGGAGUCUUCAACCCCCACAUCAUCAGGUCGUCCGUACGAGCACCCUCACACACAUACCCAUCCACAGUUGUACACGCGACAUGCGCACACACACGCACACACGCUGAUCGACCAGCAUGAGCCGUGUAAGGGAGAAGGGGAGGAGACUCGUCCUGAAUACAGAGACUACACUGCACAAUUGCACAGAUGCAGCUCCUACGGAAAGUGUGGUGAGGAGGUCACGGAAGAACCGCGGGAGAGACAGGAACCAGUCUCCAGCACCGACCACCACCAGCACUGGGACGAGAAAUUAGUAAGCAGUUCCCUCUGUUCUACCUCAGCGCCGACCACAUCAGCCCGCACUGACGCUUCCUCCCCUCAUCAGCACGUCACCACGACACAUGCUGGUGGUGGAAGACGUGGCGCCCUACAGCUGUGGCAGUUCCUGGUCUCCCUGCUAGCUGAGGGGGCGCGGUGCGUCGCCUGGACUGGCCGAGGGCUGGAGUUUAAGCUGCAUGAGCCGGAGGAGGUGGCUCGUCGCUGGGGCGCGCAGAAGAACCGUCCAGCCAUGAACUAUGACAAGCUGUCUCGCUCGCUCCGCUAUUACUACGAGAAGGGAAUCAUGCAAAAAGUCGCAGGAGAACGCUACGUUUACAAAUUCGUUUGCGAUCCGGAAGCCCUGUUCAGCAUGGCAGCUCCACCACGUGCGAGAUCCCCUCCACCCCCUGCGCCCUACGACGUCCUCACCUCCCUAUACGGAGGGGUCUACCCCCAAUACCUCCAACCCCCACCUCAGAGCUCCGACUAUCAGAGACGGUACUAUCACCACCAUAUCAAUCACAGUGGACACUAUGAAGCAUAG